AUGUCAAGUUUGCCGAUUCUUGUCAUUCUCUGCUUGCUCUUUGAGUCCGCCCUUAACAAGCCGUCAAGAGAUGUGGCUUCAGGUAAACUGGUAACGAAUGUAGGAAGUGGCGAGACGUUGGUUCAAUUAACCGAUCCAGAUAAUUCAAAUGGCAGCUACGCCUACAAUUUUGGCGAAGAACUCCUCGUCCACCUUCUCAAUAAAUUUUACAUCACUUCAUUCGUUUUACUAUCGCCUGGCUCUUUUCCAAGUGGUGUGGUGGCAACUCUGAAAAGUGAUCUGCCGGGCUAUAGUGACUGCAGAACCGACAGCUCUGCCGUAAGGAGUGGCAAUACCCUGCUAGCUGACUUUAUGGAGGUGACGAUGUUUCUCGGCUGCUUUCUGAAUGUAGUGGUGGUGGCCGGCAGUAGGACGACGGUCGGCAGUGUCAACGAGUGCAGGACUGCUUGUUCGUUUUCUGAUAAAGUGGCUCUCAAAGUCUCUUACCUAAUUACUACUGCCAACGAGUUUGUAACUGAAACCGAGCAUGGCUGCCAUGAUCCACCGCCGGCAUCGUUCUUAAAACGCAUAACUGGAACUAGCUGUAUGUCGUUUUGUAGUGAGAACGGUUAUUACUUCAGACAUGUAGACAGAGGGGCCUGCUUCUGCGGAAGUUAUCUUCCUCCCGACGUCCGUCUACUUGCAUGCAAAGCCACGGAUAGUGAAACAAUCAGAAUUCAUCACGUGCCACCACCUUCUUGUUCAAGUAGUUUACCAAAUAGUUUGUGCCAGGGAUGUUCGCGGGAUUAUAUACCUCCGGAAUGCUUAUUAAAAAGAUGUGUCACAAUGGUUAAUAGGCACUGUCACUAUGACAAUCUCGGUGCCCUCGGUCCAGUUACUAGUCAACCUUGCCAAAAAUCUCAAAUUUUGGAAUUGGGUGUUUGUAACCCAGUAAACGAGUCUCAGAACUAUGAAAUAGUCAAUAUAGCCUAUCGGAAAGUCGUUUUAAAUUUGCACACUGAAACUGUGCGUAUCCUGAAUUUUGAUUUUGUUCCAUCAUUUUUAGGGUACAUAACUUCAUUUGAUAACGCAGACUUUUUAUGA